CGAUCGGUGUGUUUCUCCACUGCAACCAGAGCAGAAGAAAAGACGAUUGCUGUCAUGGACUUUUUCUGGAUGUCCCUUUUAAAUUAAGGAAGAGGCUGAAGACUAAGGGAAAUGGUGAAAUCCACAAUGAACUUUAUUGCUGUGUUAGUGAUUUCAGCCUGUUUCUUCUCUUGGACCUCUGCAAAAUACCACCAAAAUAAUCAAGACAAGGACAAAGAGCUAAAAUACCUCUUGGAACCUCUGGUAUAUGCUGAGGUCACUGCUCGCCGUGGACACGCAGUCGUUUUGCCCUGUGUGAUGAGGUUCAAACCAUCGCACUACAGAGUAAAGUGGACCAAAAUCGAGCCCCCAAGUCAAGGAGUGGAAAACAUAGUGCUUAUAACAAACGGACAUGCAGAUAAGCAGUAUGGCUCAGUCGGGCACCGGGCAUCUCUCUUUCGUGCACAUAACCUGGAUGUUUCUCUCCGUCUAACUAACCUGGAGCUGGAAGAUGAUGGCAGCUACCGCUGUGAACUGAUCAAUGGAAUUGAGGAUGAAAGUGUCGUUAUUACUCUGAGGAUUGAAGGUGUUGUAUUUCCUUAUCAGAGCCACCAUGGUCGGUACAGAUUUACAUUCUUUGAUGCUAAAGAAGCUUGUGCUAAAGAGGACGCAACACUUGCCACUUACAAGCAGCUUUACAGGGCCUGGACUGAAGGGUUGGACUGGUGCAAUGCUGGAUGGCUGAGUGAUGGAACUGUCAAUUACCCAGUCCUGCAACCACGGCCGGCCUGUGGAGGGGAUCUUCUAUCAGGCAUCCGAAGUUACGGACCCCGUCACAAGACACAGGACCACUACGAUGCUUUCUGCUUCACCUCAGCCACUAAGGGCUCUGUGUUCUUCAUUGCGGGGCCUUUCAAUUUUGCCGAGGCUGAGCGUGCCUGUAGACGGGAUGGUAACAGUCUAGCGAAGGUUGGUCAGAUCUACUCAUCUUGGAAGUUUCAGCAGCUUGACCACUGUGAUGGAGGCUGGCUGCAGGAUGGCAGUGUACGAUUCCCCAUUAUCCACCCGAGGGAGCGUUGCGGAGGGAUUGCAGAACCGGGGGUUCGUAGCUUUGGGUAUCCCAGCAAAAGUUUGCAGCUUUACGGGGCUUAUUGCUACAGUAGAGGUCAGACACACCUGCUGCAGGACUGAGGAUGGCAGAAGAUGACAAGACAAAGAAGCAGAUGGCACGCAGCAGUAUAUGCAGGAACAUCGCUGAUCUGAGACCGAACAGAAGGAGAGAGUGAG